CCAAUCCAAACAGAAGCUAAGGUUUGGAAAUGCGUAGGGUUAGGGCAAAUGGAUCAGAUGAAUACUUUUCAAGAGGGGAUGCAGUUUUGGGGGGAUAGUGUGCUUAUACUUAUGGUGUCCCCCACGAGUACAAGGCUAUAAGCAAAAAAAACUGUUGGUGGGACUUCAGCUACCGGAAAAUGUGGUGGCAAGCAACAAAGGAAGAAAGAGGAUAAAGGGAGAGAAAAAGCAUACAUGCUUUUUCUGCUGUCUUUUUCAAAAUCCAGGUUGGGGUCUCUGGAGCAGUGUUUCUACCAGAAACAAUGAGUUAUACACAGCUUUCAAUGGGGUCAGGUAGCAGAACCGCUAGAAGGACGUUUGAAUUUGGAAGAACACAUGUGGUCAGGCCAAAAGGGAAACACCAGGCAACUAUAGUUUGGCUUCAUGGCCUUGGUGAUAAUGGUUCAAGCUGGUCCCAGCUCUUGGAAAACCUCCCUCUACCAAAUAUAAAAUGGAUUUGCCCAACUGCACCCACUCGUUCAGUGGCUAAAUUUGGUGGAUUUUCUUGCACUGCAUGGUUUGAUGCGGGAGAGCUUUUGGAAGACAGUCCAGAUGAUUGGGAGGGUUUAGACGCAUCAGCAGCACAUAUUGCAAACUUGUUGUCAGCAGAGCCAGCUGAUGUUAAAAUUGGUAUUGGAGGCUUCAGCAUGGGUGCCGCAAUGGCAUUUUAUUCUGCAACUUGCUGUGCUCUGGGCCGAUAUGGCAAUGGCAAUCCAUAUCUUGUCAACCUAAAGGCGGUUGUUGGACUGAGUGGUUGGCUUCCUGGUUCAAGGGGUCUAAGGAACAAAAUAGAAGGGUCACAUGAGGCUGCAAGACGCGCUGCAUCAUUGCCAAUUUUGCUCCUUCAUGGAACUUGUGAUGAAGUUGUCCCAUAUAAACAUGGAGAGAAUUCUGCCCGUUCCUUGAGUAUGGCAGGAUUCCGACUCCUUACAUUCAAAUCCUAUGAGGGGCUUGGUCAUUUUACUGUUCCUAAGGAAAUGGAUGAGGUCUGCAAUUGGCUUACUACAAGGCUGGGGCUUGAGGGGUCCUGUGCAUAAUUGUGGCAAGGAAUAAAUUUCUAGUUGUGAAGCUAGUGGAGGAUGAAGAGUAAAACAAUAAUGGGGGAGGAGAAAAAUUACAUGCCUACAAGUAGUCAAGUAGGCGGCUAACAUCAUGGGUUGUGAGAUACGGGGUAAAAUAUUGUAAACUUUACUAGAUCCCUUCUAGUAUAUUUGUCCAUUCCUAAAAUAAAAUUUUGUAUGCUUUUUAAAUUUUGGAAUGUAGAAGCAGGUGGUUUUGGAUCUAGUGAGUUGAUCAUGUAUUUCAGAGCAGUACGGUGUUUAUAUCAAUAUCUAGUGGAUUUGGGUUCUAGCUUUAUAAUCCCUGUCUCUUUUAGCAGCAUCUCUGUUCUUUUGCUCUCUGGUUUUAAAGUCAGUUUAUAUUGUCCAUGGCAACUUAUUAAAAGGAUGGAUUUUGU